GGUCUUCACGACAAUGGAGGACGGCAAGAGCAAGGGCGAGGAGGCGCAGCAAUGUGGAGGUGGAGGAGCGCAUUCCGACGAGGUGGAGCCGCUGGUAGCUCCAGACUUCCAGCUGCAAGCUCUCGGAUCCAGGUUCGCGCGCUGCAUUUGCUUCGCGGCUGGAUCGCUCGGCGUCAUGGCUGCUCUGGUGCUCGCAUUCGUGGUCGUCCUCUCCACGCAGCACAGAUCGGCUUCCUCGUCCGAGAUUUCGAGGCCGCUCAGGGUUCUCGACAAGCCGCUGGUGAUUUUGAUCUCCUCGGAUGGUUUUCGAUGGGGAUACCAGUGGAAAGUCCCGACUCCAAACAUCGAUCGCCUCAUUUCCAAUGGUACCGAAGCGUUCCCUGGGAUGAUUCCAGUGUAUCCCAGCGUCACAUUCCCGAAUCACUAUUCCAUAGCUACUGGUCUAUAUCCCGCUUGGCAUGGAAUCGUCGCGAACUAUUUUCGCGACCCCGUUCGCUCGAGCAACGAGACGUUCUUCAUGGGCAAUCUCAACGCGAAGUGGUGGAUUGGCGAGCCAAUCUGGGAAACAGUCGUGAAGAACGGGCUUGAGGCGGCUGUCUACUUCUGGCCGGGAUCACAGGUGGUGAGAAAGUCGUGGCCUUGUCGUCCCGAGAUUUGUCCGAGCUACAAUAAGUCGGUUCCAUUCGAGGUGAGAGUGGACGCUGUUCUGGGAUACCUUGAUCUUCCACAGCGGCCAAGUUUCAUCGGACUCUACUUCGAAGAACCGGAUGAAGAAGGCCACCAAGUAGGACCGGAUGCACCUCAGAUCAGCGCUGCCAUCACCAGGGUGGAUUCGAUGAUAGGAAGGCUGCUGGAAGGCCUUGAGAAACGUAACAUCCUGGAAGAGGUGACGAUUAUCAUGGUUGGCGACCAUGGCAUGGUUGGAACUUGCGAUAAAAAGCUGAUCUUCUUGGAAGACUUGGAACGCUGGAUCCAAAUUCCAAAGGAGUGGGUGGAUUCGACAAGUCCGGUGCUCGCAAUCACUCCGCCUCUCGACGUCGACGCAAAGGUCGUGGUGGAGAAGAUGAAGCAGGGGCUGGCCUCUGGUAGUGUGGCGAACGGGGAGUUCCUGCAAGUUUAUUUGAAAGAAGAUCUACCUUCGAGGUUGCACUACUCCUCGAGUGAGAGGAUCCAGCCGAUUAUUGGGAUGGUGGAAGAAGGCUACAAAGUCGAGUUGACACGUCCCAGGAAGACUCACACAGAGUGUGGAGGCGCUCACGGCUACGACAAUCUUUUGGUUUCGAUGAGGACGAUUUUCAUCGGGCAUGGGCCGCAGUUUGCCAGGGGAAAGAAAGUGCCGUCUUUCGUUAACGUGGAGGUGUACAACGUGAUUGCAACUAUUCUCGGGAUCAACGGGACCAGUAACAACGGAACGACAGCUUUUCCCCAGAGUAUCCUCCUCUCUAAGUAGCCCUCUAACCAUGAGUAAACGGUGAAUAAGUGCACGGGCAAUAGUGCUUGUAAAGUGACAUCUUUUAAGAUUCAUUCUCGAGUGCUUCAAGCACGAUUUUUUUGUCAGACAGAGUUUCGAGUCCUCUUGAGUUCUCCUCUCGAAGGCGUGAUUCUCGCUCGUAGCUUGCCGCUAUGAAGAAUGACGGAGGCGCUGUGACGGAUUUGAAGAACGAGCGGCAGGGAAGAACUUCGAUAAAGGCUAGUUAUACCAUUUACGUUGGCGCAGUCCUUUUCCUUGUUCUUGCAGUGGCAGUCGUACUCCUCUCAGUCUCGCUCUCUUCAUGCCACAAAUCUGCAAUGCGAGUUGAUUCGCGCUCUACUGUCUCGCACUCGCUCAAGAUUUUGAAGCAACCACUUGUGAUCCUGCUCUCUGCAGACGGUUUUAGAUGGGGUUACCAGUGGAAGGUUGCAACUCCCAACAUUGAUCGUUUGAAGAGAGAUGGAACCGAGGCCUAUCCUGGGAUGUUGCCAGUGUACCCGAGCAUUACAUUCCCGAACCACUACUCCAUCGCAACUGGUCUCUAUCCUGCUUGGCACGGUAUUAUCUUGAACUCCUUUCGAGACCCCACCGACGCCUCAAGAAAAACCUUCUUCAUGAAGAACGA